AUGGAAGUGAUCAUGGAAGUCAUCACGGCAGUCAUAAUAGCAGUCACCUCAGUCACCUCGGACAUGAUCACCACCACCAUAGUCAUCACCGACAUAGUCGGAGUCGAAGCCAUUCACGACACCCCCGAAGCCCCUUUUCAUCUUCAGCGGGAAUACGAGGCACAGCCGAAGCCCUUUCUGCCCGCUGGUCCCAUUCCGGGAGAAACUGACGAGCCGGCGUCUCCAAUCGCCUCGUUCUUUGACACUGACUCCGUUCUGCUCACGGUGAUCUGGGUUCUCUGA